UCCCCCCUUUUUUUUUUCCUUUCUCCCCCUUCCUCCCUAGAAGGGGGGGCGACGAUUUGCAUAAGUGAAAGUCGCGGACCGUCUCCUCGGCGUUCUAGAACGCGCACCGAGAGUUCCAUUCGUGGGGGGGGGGGAAAGUUCUGCGUCUCGGCGUUCCAAAGCUUUUGAUCGCAGGUGUAAUGCAGAUCACUUUGUAUGGUGGGCCACGGCCAAAAGCUACGGAUGGCACUAGUCUCCUCUAGAGUCCACCCUGGGAUUAUUCCUGGAAGUGCUAAAAGCAUUUAAGAGGACACCUUUGGGACUGUUGCUUCCAAGGGCACUUCUGCAGCGGUCAUGGCAAGCAAACGGAAGUCAACAACUCCAUGUAUGGUACGAACAUCUGAAGCACCAGAGUCCGGCGACCCCUUGGACUGCAGUGUAGGAAAAGCACCUGGUGCUCCCGAGCAGGACUUAGGAAAUAAUUUGGCAGCCUGCAAGGAUGUUUUUGAGAACGACUGUGAAGUGAUUGAGGGGAAAUCUUCUCCAGCCAACCCAACGAGGAAACCCCUCGGUGGUUACGAAUGUAAGUACUGCCCGUUCUCCACCCAGAACCUGAACGAAUUCACAGAGCAUAUCGACACGCAACACCCCAAUGUGAUUCUCAACCCCCUCUAUGUAUGCUCCGAAUGCAACUUUACAACCAAAAAGUAUGAUUCCUUAUCCGAGCACAACGCAAAGCUCCAUCCAGGAGAAAACAAUUUCAAGCUUAAGUUGAUCAAGCUCAACAAUCAGACUGUCUUAGAACAAUCCAUUGAGGGGACAGGCAAUCCAGCUGUGGCUGAAACCCCUGACUACGAAGGGGUAGGCGAUACAAACAAAGCAGCCCAGAUCAUUAACCUAGGAAAACCUAAAGGGGAGGCCAAGAAAGCUUCUGUUGACAACCAUCUUGAUGGGAUUCCUCAACUUUUUCCAGAUAUCACUGAGCCAAUUACUUGUAUUAAUGGAGCAGAAAUCCUUCAAGAUAUUUUGGCCCAUGUGAUGCCCUCCGUACAGCUCCCACCAAAUAUCAACCUAGUUCCCAAAGUCCCCGUUCCCCUGAAUAGUACCAAAUACAAUUCUGCACUAGACACUAAUUCUACCAUGAUCAGCUCCUUCAACAAGUUUCCAUAUCCUACACAAGCAGAAUUGUCAUGGCUGACGGCCGCCUCCAAGCACCCCGAAGAGCAGAUUCGAAUUUGGUUUGCCACUCAGCGUUUGAAGCACGGCAUCAGCUGGUCUCCCGAAGAGGUGGAAGAGGCAAGGAAGAAGAUGUUCAAUGGCACCAUCCAGCCAACACACCAGACCAUUGCUGUUCUCCCAGCCCAUGUUGCCACAGGCAAGAUGCCCCAGCCACUAAUUCAGACAGCUGUGCCUUGUCAGAUACUCAGUCAAACUGGCCUAGUAUUGACCCAAGUCUCAAACGGAUCGAACGUUUCCCCGAUUACCCUUGCUGUGGCUGCCAACCAGGGUCAGAAACGGGGUGUGCAGAGCCAGCUGGCUGUCCCAGAAGCCAAACGUCAGCACGUCAACUCAACAGAUGUCUUGGCCAAGCAGAACGUGUCUGCUGCUCCAGUAAGCACAGCAACAAUGCCACACUCUACCGUACUGCCAACAUCAACCAGCGACCGCAAAAAAACCAAGGAACAGAUUGCUUCUCUGAAGGCAAGCUUCGUCGUCACCCAGUUUCCCGACGAUGCAGAAGUUUACAGGUUAAUUGAAGUCACUGGGCUCUCAAGGAGUGAGAUCAAGAAGUGGUUCAGCGACCAUCGUUACCGGAAUCAGCGGGGAAUUAGCCAUAUCACGAGUGACUCUGUAGCCAAGGACCAACUUACUCUAAGUAACGCCCGACAGGACCAUCCCUAUCAUCCCUAUCCGGAUUUCAUUUUCCAGCAGUUCAAAGGAAAAACGCAAAAACAAAUUGCGAUCCUUGAGGAAAGUUUCCUUAAAAACGCUUUCCCGACACAUAUCGAGUUGGAAAGACUUAGGACCGAUGCCAGGAUGACCAGAAGAGAGGUUGAAUGCUGGUUUGCUGAGCGGAGAAAACUUAGGGAUAAUAUGGAACAAGCUGUCUUAGACUCAAUGGGAUCAAGCAUAAAGAAUAAGGACCCAGUUGCUUCCAACGGUGCAACCAAUCAAACAGAGCAGGCCAGCAUUUCCCAACCUCCAACGUCUUUGCUAAAGGGCUCCACGGCCUUUGCUCCAAGCAGCCAAGAGCAGGUCCGCUUACUGAAGAAUACGUUUGUUAGAACUCAGUGGCCUUCCCCACAGGAGUAUGAUGAAUUGGCAGCUCAGACAGGACUCACCAGAACGGAAAUAGUCCGUUGGUUCAAGGAGAACAGAAGCUCACUAAGAAUGGGGACCUUAAAAUGGCUAGAGCAGUAUCAACAGCAGAGUGUCACUGAUGAGUGCGCAGAAACUAAGGGUCCAAAGCUACCUGGGCCAAAGGAUAAUCAUGAUGACGUUCAGCUACCCAACAAGGAGAACCAGAAAGUUGGGAAGCUAAGCGCAGAAAGUCCAGAACAGUCUGAUGUUCAGAUUAGCCAAAAUAGUCAGGAUGGUGAAGAAAAAUCAAAAGCUGGCAAUGUAAAUUGGGUGCAGCUGAGUAUAGAUGACAAUGCUGCUUCAGACUGCCUAGAGAGCUGGAAUGAAACGGGACCUAAAAACAAAACAGAUUUUGAUUCUGAAAGUAUAUCUGGUGAUAACGCUCACACCUAGACAGGCAUUUCAUUCAGUUUUCUAGUCCUUUUGACUCUCGUGAGAGCACACGGUUACUAAUCCUGGGAUCGCACAAGGUCUUCGGAAAUAGGAUAGUCACGUUUGGACUCCAGAAUCACAGUCAAGGUGGAAGAAGAGAUCAUCUCUGGCUUAUUUGGAGAAGUUUCACGUGCCAAAGUCCCACUUGGAGGAUUUUUCUAAACAAAAAAUUAAUGAGGUCCUUGUAUAUAAGCUUUCUCUGUAGUGUGUUGCUUUCUCCGUUUCUUGAUGAUUUUUUGUAUACUUACACUGCAGAGAUAUUUUUUUUGCUACCUUUUUUGUUAGUAGAUCAUUGCUGUCUGAAAGCAAUAUGUCAUCUAAUCCAUUUCUUACAAAUUGGUAAUCCCACAAUCUAUCCUUGUGAUAACAUGGAAACCUUCUGGCCUACUGCAUUAAUUUCUACCACUAAAAAUAUACUACUAUAAGCUAGGUGCAGUGAUUAAUUGGAUUAGAAGCCAGGGGACUGUGAGUUCUAGUUCUGCCCUAGGCACAAAACCAACUGGGUGACUUUGGGCCAGUCUCUCUCUCUCUAGGAAGAAGAUACUGACAAGCUACUUCUGACAACGUUGCCAAGAAAACCGCAGGGACUUUGUUCCUACAGGUAUCGGGAGUCAGGGUGACUCGAUGGGAUUACGACAAUUGUUUCCGUGGAAGUUGUAUUCAUCUCGUUUUGCACAUUUGCUCUUCUCAAACCAUUCGUUUGCAUUCAUCUCGUUCGCAUUUUACACGUUGGCUGGUGGGCAUUCUUCUCUGUGCAUGGAAAGUAAUCUUCAUCAGAUUAGGAGAACAAAUCUGUUAAUGCACCCAGUAAUUCACCAUUUGCCAAUCAGUUGGACCCAGAACUCUAGAGAUGUCAAGUAUUGUUACUUGAUCCAAGUACUUUUCUACUACCUGGUAGUACAAUCUGAAACACAAAAAAACCUUUGCAACAGAGGGCUCAAGCUUUAUACCUUAACUUGUUUAUGAUUUUUUUUUGUUGGCGAGUUUUGAGCUAGAUUCUAUGUCUGAGUGCACUUUUAUUCUUCGGUGACGGCAGAGAAGAGGAAGAAAUAUUGAAUUACCGCCUCUCUUUGAUAAAAAGUUUAGAUGACUUUCGCAUGGUUUGGAGAGAAUGUCCCAUUUCCCUCCAAUACACCCUGCUUAACCUUAAUGCUAGAGAUUUUAAUUAAAGAGACACUUUUCUAACAAUUGUUUGUCGUGAUUCAGUAAAACAAUGUUUUGAUAAGA